CUCACUCUCGAGAGAUCUCUGAAGGUGGGGGCAUAGAGCAGUACAGCUAUUAGCUCCGAGCUGCAGACAUCAUUCCGAGUAGAGGGCAGACGAUUCCAUCGUCAGCGCAGGAACAGGGAGCCCUGGCAACAAUAAGAGACAUACUCUUACCAGACCAUUACACCUUACAGGAAUGGUGAAAGCACCUGGAGCGAGACAGACGCGGACAGAUAGAGAGGGGAUCUGGGAGCAGGCUCCCCUCAGACUAGUGACCGAGAGAAACAGACACAGCAGCAGUUACUGCAGUACUGACUGGUCCCCCUGUCUUCAACUGAACCACAGUACUGACUGGUCCCCUGUCUUCAACUGAACCACAGUACUGACUGGUCCCCUGUCUUCAACUGAACCACAGUACUGUCUGGUCCCCUGUCUUCAACUGAACCACAGUACUGACUGGUCCCCUGUCUUCAACUGAACCACAGUACUGACUGGUCCCCUGUCUUCAACUGAACCACAGUACUGACUGGUCCCCUGUCUUCAACUGAACCACAGUACUGACUGGUCCCCUGUCUUCAACUGAACCACAGUACUGACUGGUCCCCUGUCUUCAACUGAACCACAGUACUGACUGGUCCCCUGUCUUCAACUGAACCACAGUACUGACUGGUCCCCUGUCUUCAACUGAACCACAGUACUGACUGGUCCCCUGUCUUCAACUGAACCACAGUACUGACUGGUCCCCUGUCUUCAACUGAACCACAGUACUGACUGGUCCCCUGUCUUCAACUGAACCACAGUACUGACUGGUCCCCUGUCUUCAACUGAACCACACUACUGACUGGUCCCCUGUCUUUAACUGAACCACAGUACUGACUGGCCCCCUGUCUUCAACUGAACCACACUACUGACUGGUCCCCUGUCUUCAACUGAACCACAGUACUGACUGGUCCCCUGUCUUCAACUGAACCGCUUCCUGUUUCCUCCCACCCGGACCACUGGACAAGAACCAGGCCCAACCGCCUCCAACACUCAGUGUGUGUGGUAAUCUGAGCGGUACCAUUGGCUCCCACACUAUAGUCAGAUCUUCUUACAGGUCUUUGUCCGGGCUGACGUGUCAGAACUGCGCCAGGGAAAUUAUCCAGACCUGCUAUCUCUCCAUCACUAUCUCUAGCACAAAGCUGCUGAAAAGAGGCAGAAAGGAGGAGAGGGUGAAUGGCGGUAUGAAGGAGGAGAGGAGAGGAGAGGGUGAAUGGAGGUGGUGCUGGGGCCCUGAGAGGAAGUAGUGCUUCGUUCUGACUGGAGGAUCCCUCCAUGGGCUGUACCACCCGUUGACACACAGGAGAGAUCAGAGGAGCUCCACUGAAUGAGGUUCCCGCUGCCAUCCAGGAGGCUCGCUCUCAGAGGGAAAUGAUUCCGCAUGAAGUUGACGGACGGCUCUCUUCCUCUCUCCACGGAAACGGCAGGUGUGACUCUCGCUGCUCCCACGACAACAGCAGGUGUGCCCCUCUCUGCUUCUCGCUGAGCCAGAGCCAGGCGUCCGACAGACGCUGAGCUACAGGACAGGACAGACCCCCUCCGUCCCUCUCUACUCCCUCCACCCUACCCCCUCUAACUUACCCCCUACCCCCUCUAACUUACCCCCUCCAACCUUCCAGUCCUCUGACCCCAGCCACCCACACAACCAGCAGGAGGGCCUAUUCUGUCAACGAGGAAAGGCCAAGAGAGAGAGUGAGGGAGACAGCCAAAGACAGGAGUGAAAUAGAGAGUGAACGAGGGAGAGACCGAGAUAGGAACAGAAAGAGAGUUCUAAAGUGAUAGUGUGAGAGAGACGAGCCAAGGCUAGUGUAUGUAACAGGAAGUUGAUAGAGAAAAGAUAACAGUAUGAAGUCCAACCAGGAGCGCAGCAACGAGUGUCUGCCCCCCAAGAAGAGAGAUUUCCCAGCUAGCACUGUGGACGAGAGGCCCCUGGUGAUGGCGCCUGCUAGUGAGAGCCAGCGCGGAGAGAACCUGGCAUGGCUGGCCAGCGUAGCCAGCGGGCACAACAGCGGGCACAAUAGAGACAGUGGCGGAGGUGGCCUCGAUGGCAGUAGAGGUGGGCAGCGUAUCAGCACUCCCAUUGAGUCUGACGGGCCACAGUACAAACCGCUAUGCUCCACCAUCACCACACACACAGACUUCCUGGUCCCUUCCUCUAUCUGUUCCAUCUCCUCCUCCUCCUCUUCAUCACAUCAGUCCAGAGUGGUGACCACAUCCCUCCCUGCCAUGUACACCUCUGCUUUGUCCCAACCAGGGGGGACGAUCCAGUACACCCAGCUGCCCCCCAAUGUCCAGUUCAUCAGUUCCCCUUACACAGGGCCCUACGCUGGCUACAUCUCCUCCCAGCUCCUCUCUCCCCCUCCACCCACCUCCACAUCCCAACGCUCCCACCCUGACCCAUACCCCAACACCACCAUCACCUCCCAGUCCCAGAUCUCUGGUUCCUCUCUGAGCCUGGCCCCCCAGACUGCUCCCUCGCCACACGGUGGGACCCACCACCUGCCCCUCCACCUGCACUCCCACCCCCACCACACCCUGGCCCUCAGCGGGGGCUCCCAGGUGCUGGUCCAGUACACAGGCCCCGGCCCUGAGGGGCCCCUGACUAAGAGAGAGGAGGGCCGGCCCAGGGAGUUGCACAAUGGAGAUCAGAGGGGCCGCUAUGAGAGAAAGGAAAACAAAGGAACCCCCUCCUCUUCUUCCUCCUCUUCCUCUCAGUACCACCAACUCCACCAGCAGCAGAGCGCGCAGCAUCACUAUGAGGCCUACACUUCCCAUGAUGCAUCAGGGCAACGGACCUCUCUAAUGCUAGUGCCCAACAGCCGCGGAGGACCAGACAACCACAGCCCCGACAAACUACGGCCAUCCGCCGCCUCGCACACAGAGAAAGGCAGCCUCCUUCUGGGUAAACCUGUGUCCUGCACCCCCUCCUCCUCCUCCACGUUCACCUUCCCCCCUCCGCUCAGUGUGGAGAGUCUUAAGGCGGCCGUCAGCUCCCUGUCCCCUCACACCCACACAGUCAUCCAGACCACACACAGCGCCAGCGAGGCUUCACCCCUCUCCCUGGGCCAACUCUCAACCAACACCAACUUCUACCAGGCUGGCCCCGGCGGGCAGCCCAUCAUCGGCUACCUGGCUGGGAGUGCAGGAGGGCAGCGGUACCACACCAGUCUGCCCCAGCACCUGCUCAUCCCAGGGGCCCCAGGGUCUCAACCUAUCAUCAUCCCCGUCAGUGGGGCCGGGGUCACCAGCCUGGAAGCUGGCCAUGCUGCCCACAUAGCCACUACAACCCAGCCACAGUCCUUCCCCACCACGCUACCCCACACUUACUUCACCAACACUACCAACCCUAACCCCAACCCUAAAGAUGAGCAUCUAUUUGAGGUCCCGGCGCCCUACCCCCCUCUCUCCCACCCUGCCGGGGUUGGAGGCACUGUGGUCCAGGCCCAGCUACACCUCCCAGUGGUCCCAGCUCCCACAGCCCCCUCCUCAGCUCCCUCCUCGGCCCCGUCGCUGCCUCCCUACUUCAUCAAGGGCUCUAUCAUCCAGCUGGCAGACGGGGAGCUGAAGCGCGUGGAGGACCUGAAGACGGAGGACUUCAUCCAGAGCGCUGAGAUCAGCAGCGAGCUGAAGAUAGACUCGUCCACUGUGGAACGCAUCGAUGGCAGCCACACGUCCAACUUCGCCAUCGUACAGUUCUCCGUGGGUGAACACCGCGCUCAGGUGAGUGUGGAGGUGCUGUUGGAGUAUCCCUUCUUCGUAUUCGGCCAGGGCUGGUCAUCGUGCUGCCCGGACCGGACCACUCAGCUGUUAGAACUACCCUGCACCAAGCUCUCAGUGGGGGACGUCUGCAUCUCCCUCACCCUGAAGAACCUGAGGAACGGCUCCCUGAAGAAGACGCAGCAGACCCAGAACCAGGCUAUUGAGAUCACUACCAGCUGCAAUAUGGGCUCCAUCCACGGCCCCCUCAAGUCCUCCAGGUCAGCCAGGCACGGGGAGCAGGAGAACGGGGUGGGCCAGAGAGGCUCCAGGAGUGGAUGUGGGAGAGUGGUGGUUGGAGUAGGUGGAGGUGUUCAGAUCGCCUCAGAGAAUGGGGAACUGAGGUUCGGCGCCGGGGGAGAGGCCAACUCGAAAGGAGGCCAGCCUGGAGAUUCAGAAUCUAGUGGUGGUGCCGCCAAGCCGGUGAGCCGCAAGAGGAGAUGGUCGGCCCCCGAGGGCCGUAAGGUGGAGAGGAGCGAGAAGGAGCCCCCGUUGACUCUGCCCAAACCUUCCUUUAUCACUCAGGAGGUAAAGAUCAGCAUCGAAGGCAGGUCAAAUAUAGGCAAGUAGUGAAGGCAGGAGAUUUAAACAAGACUGUUAAUUCACGUAUGGGAUUGGAUGGAGAUUCAAAAAAGGAAAAGAAAGAAAGAAAGCCCACAUAAAAUGUUAAUUUUAGAUUGUUUUCUUGUUUUUAUUUUCUACCCGGAUUUCUGUACUGUAGGCAAAAUUUUACCCAGUACUUACAUGUUAUCACCUUACAUUAAGUUAAGUUGGUAAUAACAUUGUAAUAGAUGCGUUCGGUAUUAGGUAAACAAGCAACCUGUGCAAUUGUUUAGGUUUUUUUUCCCACAAAUCUCUGGACGAGGGGUUUUGUGAAGUUUUGUAGAUGUUUUAUUGGUGGUUUUGUGGCACACAAGAGCACUGCGUGAUACCUCUCUGGUCAUGUGACGGCUGCAGGUGGACAAAUACAUAAAAUGAAUAAAACAUGUAGUUAGCUUUCCAAUCGUGGCUAGGGGCAUGACUAAACGGGUGUAAUGUAGACCCGUGAGUGAUGUCACUUCCUUUGUGAUGUCACUUCCUGAUACAGGCACUACUGACGAGAGUGUUCAGGAGGUCUGGACUUAAUCACUCUCGACGCCACCCAGUUGCCAUGGUGGCAGACUGAGUUGAUAUGAUGUCAUUUAUCCCAAGUGACUCAAGACGUCUUUAGAUAAGACAGUUCAAAAAGUGUCUGUAACCAUUUUAAACCCUCAUGACAACACAUCUAAUCCUAAACAAGGGGUCACCGGAAGCCUCUCAUCCAUCUAGACCACUUAGCCAGGUGAUGUCAUCCAGCAGGCCAGCCCAGCCAGGUGAUGUCAUCCAUCUAGACCACUUAGCUAGGUGAUGUCAUCCAUCUAGACCACUUAGCCAGGUGAUGUCAUCCAGCAGGCCAGCCCAGCCAGGUGAUGUCAUCCAUCUAGACCACUUAGCCAGGUGAUGUCAUCCAGCAGGCCAGCCCAGCCAGGUGAUGUCAUCCAUCUAGACCACUUAGCUAGGUGAUGUCAUCCAUCUAGACCACUUAGCUAGGUGAUGUCGUCCAUCUAGACCACUUAGCUAGGUGAUGUCAUCAAUCUAGACCACUUAGCUAGGUGAUGUCAUCCAUCUAGACCACUUAGCUAGGUGAUGUCAUCCAUCUAGACCACUUAGCUAGGUGAUGUCAUCCAUCUAGACCACUUAGCUAGGUGAUGUCAUCCAUCUAGACUACUUAGCUAGGUGAUGUCAUCCAGCAGGCCAGCCCAGCCAGGUGAUGUCAUCCAGCAGGCCAGCCCAGCCAGGUGAUGUCAUCCAGCAGGCCAGCCCAGCCAGGUGAUGUCAUCCAGCAGGCCAGUCCAGCCAGGUGAUGUCAUCCAGCAGGCCAGUCCAGCCAGGUGAUGUCAUCCAGCAGGCCAGCCCAGCCAGGUGAUGUCAUCCAGCAGGCCAGCCCAGCCAGGUGAUGUCAUCCAGCAGGCCAGCCCAGCCAGGUGAGGUCAUCCAGCAGGCCAGUCCAGCCAGGUGAUGUCAUCCAGCAGGCCAGCCCAGCCAGGUGAUGUCAUCCAGCAGGCCAGUCCAGCCAGGUGAGGUCAUCGAGCGGUGCCAGUGUGCCUCUAGAAAGAGGGAACUCUUCCUUCCUUUGUUAUGUUUUGCUGACACUGAUCUCUUUAUGUUAUUAUUUUUGUUUUUGAAACAUUUUUAUUUUAACUUUUUAAUGUAGUUUUGCUUGUCAAUUUUGACCUUUCAUCCUAUCUUGCCCAGUGAGUUGAUAAUUAUAUAUUUGAUGAUUGUCUAGAACUUUGAGAUCAGGGGUCACAUGUAUGUACGUAUAGUUUGAACCAAGGUGGUAAAGAUAAAUGUCUAUGUUAUUCCUUUAUACCCUAACGAUGCAUACAUUUGCAGUCACACUGGGUUGAAAUGAACUAUGAAAAUAGGAAGAUGAUUAUACUCCAUCCUUUUACUUGGUGCAACCUUUUGAUUUUGUAUUCUUAGGGAGAGAGAGGCAGAAAGAAAGUGGCACCCUAUUUCAACAUAGUGCACGACUUUUGACCAAGGCCCUAUCUCUAUGAGCCCGGGUCAAAAGUAGUGCACUAUGUAAGGAAGAGGUUGCCAUUUGGGACUCUGUCAGAAAGUCAGUGUUGAGUCUUUAGAGAGGAGAGGGACAGGAUGUUGUGUUGAAGCACUUUCAUUUGCACACCUGUCACACUCACCAACUGAUGAUAUCACAACUAUUAUUCUUAUUAUUAUUAUUAUUGAUCUCUUCAUUAACACAGUACUGUAUGUUUUUGUUAUUUUGACUUAAGGAAGAAGUAGAACUCUGUGGCAGCAGCACUUUUGAACGAUGAAGGGGGUCAUGUUGAUGUCUUGGUGUCUUGGGGUCACACUACCUUUGAAAGGGAUGAAUGUGACAUGUGAUGGAGUGAGUGCCAGUUAGGGGAGGGAGGGAAAGAGAGAAGAGGAAUAUGGAAGAAGGUAUAAUAUCAGAGAGUGCUUUUUGUUGAGGCACUUUGCUCAAAUCAAAACAUGCUAUUCAAAAUAUGCGUGCGGUCAAAAAAUGUACCUUUUGACACAUAACUGCCUUGUCAAGGAUAUCACAAGUCAAUGAAAUCCAAAAGAAGAAUGGGUAAAGAAUGGGAAUAAUGGUGGGAAUGUCCAGGUAUUUUGUGGACGAGAUUGAGAGACAGUUAUAGAUGCUCUGGCCACAGAAUUUCUGAAGGGCGUCAUAUACAUAAUGUAUGUAUGUAAGUGUGCAUGAAUGCAGGUAUGUGUUAGUGCACACACACUCACACAGACACACACACGGAAUACAGUACCCACACAGACAGGCACUUUCCUAAAGGAGAGGACUGUAUGUAUUUCAUACUUGUUGAUAUACGUUUAGUAUGUAUACAAAUACUUUUGUGGCAUAGAUAUUUCCCCUUGAUGAUGUAGAGAAGCCAAGAUAUUUGAGUAGCAGACGAAGAUGAUAGUUAGUCUCAGUGCUCUGUGCAGUGUGUGUUUGUUGGCGUGUGUGUGUGUACGUGUGUUUGUAUAUGUGUAUAGAAAUAUCAUAUAACUUAAUAUGAUAUAUCCAAUGUAAAAUGUCCAGUGUUUCUGUUUUUGGAGUUCUACUUAAGAGAAUCUUGCAAUUUGCACAUCUGGAGAGGUAGUCAGUUGGGUGACAUUACUUUUUGACUGUGUUCAAAAUAUACUUUCCUCUAUACAGUGCACUGGCCAAAAGUAGUGCACUAUAUAGGGUAUAGGAUGCCAUUUCAGACACAACUAUGUUUUCAGCUAGGUUGCACAUACACACCGAACUGAAACCCCAUUUUACUGAAUUGUAGCAGUUAUUUAACAAGUGUGAUCCAUGCUGAUUGUCUCCAAUGCUCUCUGCUCUGCUCCUCAUUGGACCACACCUGUGGCAUGUCCAAGUCCCGCCCACUUGUUGCGUGUUUGGUUGAGAGACAUUGUGGAGCCGGGGGCGGGGCCACCAGCAGGUACACCUGUUGAGCUCUCUGAUUGGCUGCGUUUUUCAGGUGUGUUUAGGUGGUAGAAGAUGUGGCAGAGAACUAGAAGUAUGUAGAAGUUGCUUCUAACUACUGCUCUAGGUUCAAAUGUUUAGUUCAUCCUGCUAAUGGUUAGUGUUAGGAGUGGGUGCAGGCCAGAGGAGGCUGGUGGGAUGAGCUAUAGGAGGACGGGUUCAUUGUAAUUGCUGGAAUAUUGGAACAGAGUCAAACAGGUGGUUUCCAUGUUUGAUACUGUUCCAUAUAUUUCAUUUCAUCCAUUCCAAUGAGCCCGUCCUCCUAUAUCUCCUCCCACCAGCCUCCUUUGGUGUAGGCUAAUCUGAUCCUAGAUCUGUGGUUAAGAACAACUCCUACGUGGACUGUGGUGAAAUAGGAGGAUGGAUGCGGGUGAUCAGCGUAGUGAUGGACGGAUGGAUGUGUGACUUGGAUGGAUGGAUGAAGACAGAUGGGUGAUGGUGAGUGAGUAUACACCCCGUGGAAAAUGCUUUAUUUUUUAUAAUAAAACAGGGUUUCUCAGAUCAA